GCAGUAUUCUUUUACCGAUGUUUAUGGUGACACUCGCUUCGCUCGCUAGCACCGCGAACCUCUCUUGUCUGCACGCCCUGUUCAUUUGACUUCAAUUCGGCUGAAAACCCAAUAAUUUCCCUCUGUUUACCCGCAAACUUCAUUCCCCCUUUUCUUUCUAGUGCCUGACCCUUUUUUCCCGCUCUCAAAAGCUCAUUUUUGGUUUCGCGUGUUCCCAAUGUCGAGCUCCAGUUUAAAAACGCCUUUCUUAGUAGAACAGAGGCAUAUGAUUAUUGUGCCUUCGUACUCAGCAUGGUUUAACAUGUCUACGAUCCACGAAAUCGAAAAAAAGUCCAACCCGGAAUUCUUCGGUGGAAACUCGACGCUGAAGACGCCCACUGCGUACAAGGACAUCCGUGAUUUCAUGAUUAAUACGUACCGCCUUGAUCCGUCCGAGUACUUGACUGUAACGGCCUGUCGUCGGAACCUGCUUGGCGAUGCCUGUUCCAUUAUUCGUGUCCAUGCUUUUCUAGAGCAAUGGGGUCUCAUCAAUUAUCAAGUGGAUCCCGAAACACGACCAAAUUUCAAAGCCCCUCCUUUCAACGGCAAGUACAACGCCGUUAACAAUACACCCAAAAUGACUCAAGAGGUUCUCGCUCAGCAUGAAGCGAAGAACAGUGAUGAACCAAUUCCCAAGCAAAUCACGCUGCAAACAAAGGUUUACAACAGCGUGACCAACCAGAUGGAGCCCAAGGAUGCCGUAGACGAAACAGAACAGGACAAGGCGGAGGCCCCCUUCGUGCACGUUCAAUGCUUUACAUGCGGCGUCGAUUGCUCACAUGCAUACUAUCACAAUUUGAAAAUGAAAAAGCACCAUCUGUGUCGCGCUUGCUAUGAGCAGGGCCGUUUUCCAAGUUCGUUUACUUCUGCGGACUUCUUGCGAAUGGACACUGCCUACUUUCAGCAGUACCGCGACGACGAAUGGACAAACCAAGAGACGCUUUUGUUGUUGGAGGCCAUUGAAAUGUAUGACUCUGACUGGAACCAAAUCUCAAUGCACGUUGGAACCCGUUCGCGGGAACAAUGUCUCGUGCACUUCUUACAGUUGCCCAUUGAAGACCCGUAUCGCAUUUCUGUAGAGAACCAGGUCUCCACACUAAAAAACCACAGUCUUCCUUUCUCGGAGGCUGACAAUCCCGUUUUGAGCAUCUUAACGUACUUGGCUUCUGUUCUGAUAGAAUCUAAGCAGAAAGCCCACAACAACAACGAGACUACGAAAAAUGACGGUGAACAGUCUGCUGAACCUCAGGCCUCCGAAACCUCACAUUUAGAAAAAGCGGCCACAGUUGCUCUCAAGGUGGCCGCUCGCAAGGCCGGCGUGCUUGCUGACUACGAGAAACGUCAAAUGCAGCGUCUUGUUUACCUUCUUGUGCAAACGCAAGUUGAGAAGGUUAACUUAAAAAUGGAAAUCCUUGAUCAAUUGGAAGAGAUUUCUUCUUUCGAGUUCUUUGAACUUGAUCGACAGCGGAAACAACUGCUCAUUGAACAGUUGUCGACCAAGAAAAUGCUUCUCGAUGUUGGAAAGCAGGUGAAGGAGGCCCUUUCUCUCGGAAAUGAUCAAGGUUUAGCAAUCAUAGACAAACUACUCUUAUCCGAAGGAAAGGAGAUACCUCUAACAUUUGAGAGUCCACCAUCUGUUAAUGUACGUCCGAUUAGCGAGGAGUUUCCCUCGGAGUACCGAAGUAUUGCUUUGUAAGUGAUAUGAGCUAUACUUCUGCAUCACUGGCACACUCGUUAAAGUGUUUUGGGUACGCAUGAAUGCUUUAUAAUGUAAAUUAUGUUUAUAGGUUGGAAUAAAAUAAAACAAGUAAUGAGACAAAUGCA